GGCUUCAUCUCUUUGGGCUAAACUGAAAGUCUGCACGGGGGAGCCAAUCGAAGGGCCCCGAGGUGGUCAGCAUAGGCCCCUCGGCGACUUCCCAGGUUGCAAUCUCCAGGAAAACCACCACAGGCUCAGCCGAGCUAGCCGCCAAGCUGCGCUCCCCGGGCCCUUCCGGCGGUUGCGCCCUUUAAUCCCGGAAGUGGGCAGGAGAGGAAGCGGCUGGUGAUGCUGGAACAAACAUGGCCGCUCUGGCGCCCGUCGGCUCCUCCGCCUCCCGCCGUGCUAGGCUGGCCGCCGGCCUCCGGCUGCUCCCGAUGCUGGCUUUGCUGCAGUUGCUGGCCGAGCCUGGCCUGGGCCGCGUCCAUCACCUGGCACUCAAGGAUGAUGUGAGGCAUAAAGUUCAUCUGAACACCUUUGGCUUCUUCAAGGAUGGGUACAUGGUGGUGAAUGUCAGUAGCCUCUCAUUGAAUGAGCCUGAAGACAAGGAUGUGACUAUUGGAUUUAGCCUAGACCGUACAAAGAAUGAUGGCUUUUCUUCUUACCUGGAUGAAGAUGUGAAUUACUGUAUUUUAAAGAAACAAUCUGUCUCUGUCACCCUUCUAAUCCUAGACAUCUCCAGAAGUGAGGUAAGAAUAAAGUCUCCACCAGAAGCUGGUACCCAGUUACCAAAGAUCGUCUUCAGCAGGGAUGAGAAAGUCCUUAGUCAGAGCCAGGAGCCUAAUGUUAACCCUGUUUCAGCAGGCAGCCAGACUCAGAAGACACAAGAUGGUGGAAAGUCUAAAAGAAGUACAGUGGAUUCAAAGGCCAUGGGAGAGAAAUCCUUUUCUGUUCAUAAUAAUGGUGGGGCAGUGUCAUUUCAGUUUUUCUUUAACAUCAGCACUGAUGACCAAGAAGGCCUUUACAGUCUUUAUUUUCACAAAUGCCUUGGAAAAGAAUUGCCAAGUGACAAGUUUUCAUUCAGCCUUGAUAUUGAGAUCACAGAGAAGAAUCCUGACAGCUACCUCUCAGCAGGAGAAAUUCCUCUCCCCAAAUUAUACAUCUCAAUGGCCUUUUUCUUCUUUCUUUCUGGGACCAUCUGGAUUCAUAUCCUUCGAAAACGACGGAAUGAUGUAUUUAAAAUCCACUGGCUGAUGGCGGCCCUUCCUUUCACCAAGUCUCUUUCCUUGGUGUUCCACGCAAUUGACUACCACUACAUCUCCUCCCAGGGCUUCCCUAUCGAAGGCUGGGCUGUUGUGUACUACAUAACUCACCUUUUGAAAGGGGCGCUACUCUUCAUCACCAUUGCACUCAUUGGCACUGGCUGGGCUUUCAUUAAGCACAUCCUUUCUGAUAAAGACAAAAAGAUCUUCAUGAUUGUCAUCCCACUCCAGGUCCUGGCAAAUGUAGCCUACAUCAUCAUAGAGUCCACCGAGGAGGGUACGACUGAAUAUGGCUUGUGGAAGGACUCUCUCUUUCUGGUCGACCUGUUGUGUUGUGGUGCCAUCCUCUUCCCAGUGGUGUGGUCAAUCAGACAUUUACAAGAAGCAUCAGCAACAGAUGGAAAAGGUGACAGCAUGGGACCUCUUCAGCAGAGAGCGAAUCUAAGAGCAGGAAGUCGCAUAGCUGCUAUUAACUUAGCAAAGCUGAAACUUUUCAGACAUUAUUACGUCUUGAUUGUGUGUUACAUAUACUUCACUAGGAUCAUUGCAUUUCUCCUCAAACUCGCUGUUCCAUUCCAGUGGAAGUGGCUCUACCAGCUCCUGGACGAAACGGCCACACUGGUCUUCUUUGUUCUAACGGGGUAUAAAUUCCGUCCGGCUUCGGAUAACCCCUACCUACAGCUCUCUCAGGAAGAAGAUGACUUGGAAAUGGAGUCUGUUGUGACAACAUCUGGGGUGAUGGAAAGUAUGAAGAAAGUCAAGAAGGUGACCAACGGCUCCGUGGAGCCCCAGGGCGAGUGGGAAGGCGCCGUGUGACAGAGCCGACCCUGAGGAUGGCACUGUCCAAGGAAACUGUUAACUUAUUCAUAGUCCUAUUGGAGAGCAGGAGCAGCUCCUCCAGUGAACUAUUGGCACCUCCGACAGUGACACCAGGGCACAUGGCUGGAGCACAGUGCCGCGGAAACCUGACUUUGUACUCUCUUUUAUGGAAACGAUCUGUGGCUGGUUCAAGGCAGCUGGAUCCUCCUUCAGGCGGGAAUGGGAGGGCGGGCACAGAGAGGAGGAGAGGAAGAGGAAAGGAAGAAUUCAUUUUUUAUUUAGGUUUAUUUUUUUCUUCUUCAUUUGGGAGCUCUAAGGGGUAUGCAGUUGUGACCCCACGUGUGGGGCAGCGUAGCAAGGACGGCUGGUGGAGGGGGAAGGAGGGUGCGAGGUAUCUGUCUGAGGCUUUAGGAAAUGUCUACUGAGGACCCUGGACUAAUGAAGAGGGGCGGGGAGACUGCCGUUGCCUGUUCAGGAGACAAAAAUGAAUGAAAACAGGUGACUUUGGAAAGCAAAGUCAAAACCCAGUUGAGGAUGUAGCAUCUGCUCCAGGAUUCCUGCCCUCAGCAUUGCCCCAGACCCUUAUUCCGGAUGCUUAGAGUGACCAGGACAGCAGCUCCUGCGGCCCAGUGGUCUUCUUUCCAACAGGAAAAGAAGGCUGUGAUGUCACUGUCAGGGUCAUGCCCUGUGGCACAGCCCAGGUGGUGGGAGGUGGUUUUCUGAUUGAGAUGUUGCCUGAUGGAUGGAAAGAAAUGUAUUUUUAAGUUCAAAAAGCAUUAGCCUGUGGCGUUCCCUGGACAUCCACUCCCUGACAGCCCAGAGCAGCACCGUCUUGGCUUCCCUUCAUGUUCGUGGCUUUGUGGUGUGUGAUCAGAAUUUUGGGGGAAAUGGAAAGGAGUUUUCUUUAGGAGCAGCUGGGGGCAGAAUAGGUAGUCUUUAAGCAAAUACUUAAGUCCAAGCAAAUCAUCCCCAUUAAAAAGCUUUUCCUGUAGGCUAGUAGGAUUUCUAAAUAGAUGAAUUCAACAGACUUGGUCCCCAUAGUCCAAGAGUAUGUACGUGAAGAAAGUGAGCACGAUUCAACAGUUUCACUCUCAGGGAUUUUAGGAUGGCGAAAUCUUUCACAGAAACUCAGUGAUUAAGUUCCCUUCCACACUUGCAGAGCUUGGCAGUGAACACAGGUAGCCACCUAAAGUGAGCAGUAUUGCAACUCAGAAAAUCAUCUGAAUAGUGGGACAAGCUCAGAAGGUCCAUUGUGACUGAGGACUUAAAAGGAGACCAAACCAUGGCCCCAUCAGGAAAGCUUCUUAAUGCUUGGGGGCCAGCUAGGUGGGGUUGCUUCCAAAAGCUGGAGCCCACCCCUGCCUGGGGCUUGUCAGAGAGCCACCCCUGCAGGGGAUCAGGGACCUCCCGGGGGUGAUAGUCGUGGUCUCUGGGGGUUGUUUUCUCACCUCUGGCUUAGAAGGGUCAGGCAGAAACCACAGGAUGUGGGAUCACACUCACUAGCCCAGGUUUGGGAACCCGAAAAAGUCUCCAUUCAGAACAUGGUUGUUUUCCCUGUCCCGUGCCAUUUUAUCUUCCUGAAUGACUAAUGAGGAAGCGGGUGUUCUUUUUCUGCGCUUCGAUUCGCCAUCUGGGUUCUGUACGGUGCUCUGAAAGUGCGACCUGCCUUCUGGCUCAUGUGGAGGAAGAGCAAGCGCCUUCCCAGGCCACAGCUGCUCACCUCUCGGCAGAUAUUUUAGGCGAGCAUCCGUGUGUCUUCCCAUCUUCAGGAGAAGGGUGAAUGCGCCCUAAGAAUUCACUCCUGGACCUUUUUAAAAUUCACUCGGGACUGUGUGACAGAAGGGAGUUGGGGGGAGGAUGGGAAUAUUUUUCACACUUUGUUUUCCUGUGCAGAAAACACAAUACCAGUUUUUGCAGAAAUGUGUCUCAAUCUGUGACUACCAAAGCCCUCCUUAGUCCUUCCCUCAGAGGGACACAUUUGCUGUUUCUCCCGCAAGCAGAUGUUGUGGAUGAGGCGACAGACUCCUUGGCAAGAACGAAAGGUGUGAUGAAACCUCCCUGCUCGGAAGGGUCUCCGUGGAGGUGUCCUCAUUUCACAUGCUGGGUUUUGCAAGCACAGAAGCCAGGGAGGGAAGGAGCUAGAGAGAGGCAGGCAUGUGUGUGGACAAUCGCUAGAGCCGCAGCCGUCAGACUGGCACGGGAACGCCAGUGUUGAGUGUUCAGAUUCCACGCGUAUGUCUGGGCUCACUCACGGCAUGGCCAAGUGUCUGCAGUGCUGGUCCUGACCCUUCCAGAGCAGCAGUGGACAGAUGAGAUAAGACUGUUUCAGAAACAAAGAUGGCCACAGCCUUCCUAACAAGGCGGUCAUCUGGCCAUGUCUGUAUUGUAACUGGUAAAAGGCUUCAAGUCAGACUGAUGAUCAAGAAAAGUUAAAACCCCAGCCCAAGAUUGAGAAAGCAGGUGGUGGUUCCAAGCUUUUAAGAAAUUAUUGAAGCUCUCCAUCCUGUUCUGUGAGCGUGUCUUCUCUUUCUCCUUCACGUCAUAGCUAUAACCCACUGUUCAUCUCUGCUCUUGCGUAAAGAUGACCGAUGGCGUCCAAAGCCAAGUGGCUUCACCAGCUGACAAGCCACCCUCCUGCAGCCUGAGUUUCACACUCCACUGGGUUCGUUGUCAUGUGGUGUUUGAACGGUUAAGCCCUUGCAGUAUUUCAGGGAUCGGGCAGAAGAUAUCGGAUGCACAUAGCAGAGCCAUUGGUGGUAUUUACAGCUUCGCUUGGUACUCCUCACUGUUUCUGCCUAUGCAAAAGAUCCAUGUUUCCUUUGAGAAAUCUGUUGUGGACUGAAAGUGCUGCUGGCUGUGAAAUUUAAUAAAAUGUGUAUGUUUUGCUAGAAAGUUA